GUGUGUGUGUGUGUGUAUCCAUUUUAACCGUGGCUCAAGCAAAGCAAAGAACAUUCCCACUUGCAGAGAGCACAAAUUUGGUCUCAACAAUUUCUCCCAAGUCCAAGCUCUUCUCCCUUUAUCAGGUUCUCCUCCGAUCCCGAGCGCAGCAGCGCAAAACAAAACAUGGUUAGCUUCUCCAAACCGCAGGCCAUGGCCGUGGCUUCCAAAGCUGUGAAUUAUUGGAAAUCUCUCGCAAAUACCCGAGGUUACGCCACGUCGACGGCGCCCAAAACGAGAUCGGUGGCUUCAGCUGUCGAUGAGGAUCUCCUCGCCACUCGCCGUACCUCGAAACCAAGGGGUGAUUAUGUGCCGGUGUACGUGGCGCUAGGACUGAUCGUGCUGUCGACGUCGUUCGGGCUGUAUACUGCGAAGCAGCAGCUGGCGUAUGCGCCGAACGUGCUGGUGGACAAGAAGAAGCGGGAGACGAUACCCGAGGUCGUCGACCCUGACUGGGCCAUCAGCGAGGCCGAGCGCUUCAUCAGCAAGUCGAUUUUCCGCAAAGUCGCGCACCUCCAGGACUUCGAUGCCGUCCGAGCCGGCAUUUCCGACCCCACCCGCAGCCCCGCCUCCGGUCAUCUGCCGGUGAAGGCGGAGACGCUGAAGGAUGUCGGGGUGGAGCCGCCGGGCAUCGAGAGGUGCCCGUCCUUGUUCGAGAGAAUCUUCCGUCGAAGGACGGCGGAUCAGUGAAAUGUCUUUUGCGACGAUAAUUCUGUUUCAGUUCUGUAUCAGAAAUUCAGAAUGUAAGCAGUGUGGCUCAAAAAUGGUGAUGUAAAUAGUGCGUAAUAAGCGAAUGCGAAUAUAGCAUUUGUGCGCAUUAUAUCUGUACCGAAUUUAACCUCAAAACGUUUUGUAGAUUUAUUGGGCCUUUUGUGGUUGUUGUUUGAUGCUAGUAACUAAUAUUUGCAGGUUUUAAGACUUCUUCUUGUUGGUGGUGCUGUUGAAUGUAAACUACUAAGACUUGAUUUUAAGUGGCUUAAGCUUUUGGAGUGUAACUGUUAUUUUAUA